UGCCUAUGCUAUUGCAGUAGUGUCUCCAAUAGUGGCUGUGCCAAAGGAGUACAACAUCAGACGACAUUACAAGACCCACCAGGAGAAGUACAACGAAUACACAGGGGAACGUCGGAUACAAAAGCUAAACGAGCUCGCCUCAUCCCUCCAAAAACAACAAGCAGCUUUCUCAAGAUGCCGAGAUACACAUGAAGGGGCAGUGAAGGCGAGCUAUGCCAUCGCAUGGGAGAUAGCAAAAGCAUCCAAGCCUUUCUCUGAGGGGGAAUUCGUGAGGAACUGCAUGAUAAAGGCAGCGGAGCUAGUGUGUCCAGAAAAGCGACAAGCUCUAGCGAACAUCAGCUUAUCCCGACCUACAGUGACCGAGAGAGUGGAGGAGCUCUCCAGCGACUUGAACAGCCAACUGAAAGAGAAGAUUAAGUCUUUCAUCGUGUUCUCCAUUGCUCUCGAUGAGACCACUGAUGUGACUGAUACAGCCCAGUUGGCGAUAUUUAUUUGCGGAGUGGAUGCUUCCUUACAUGUCACCGAGGAGUUUGUUUCCAUCGUGCCUUUGACAGACACCACUACAGCUAAUGACGUGUUUGUUAGCCUUGUCGGGGCCCUUGACAAUCUGGAGGUGGACUGGAGUCGUGCUGUCAGUGUGGCUACGGAUGGUGCACCUUCCAUGGUAGGGAGAAAGGCCGGAGUGGUUGUUAAGUUGAGAGAAAAGGUACGAGAGGCCAACCCAGAAAAGGUAUUCUGGAAUUUUCACUGUAUAUUACACCAAGAGGCUUUGUGCUGCAAGAGUCUGAAAAUGGAGCAUGUUAUGAGUGUUGUUAUUGCCACUGUCAAUUUUAUCAGAGCGAGAGGGCUCAACCACUGGUAA